ACAAAGUGGGACGUAAGCGUCGAGUCACGCUUUUCAUUACCUGAUCACAAGCGAUCCCUUUUCAUCAAAAAAAAAUUCUCGCCUUUCAAUCGCCUCUUUUUUUUGGCUACCGGAAGCGCGAUAAUUGAUCUUUGUUCUUCCUUUGUUUGGCUUUUCGAUCGAUUUUUAUUUGAGAAAUCCAUACAGGAAGCUUCGAUUUUUAUCUGUUGGAUUCUUUUUUGGUGUUGGAAUCCGUUUUCGGAUUGAAAGAUUUCGUUUUGGAUUGAUCCUGCGUUGUUUCUAGGGUUUUGGGAAGAGAUUUCGAAGGGCGAGUUUGUGUUGGGGAUCUUGAUCACCUAGAGGAAGGAUUUGGGCUGUUUCUUUUUUGAUAAGGUCGAAAGAAACAGCCUGGGUUAUGAUCGGAGGCCACCGGAUCGGAGAAGCUAGCGUUCUGUUUAGUUCUUGGGUUCCUUCGCUCGGCAUCUUGAAGGGUUCGGCGGUGGGGGAUGAGGAACGAUGUACAGAGGCCUGGGGAAGGUGCUGUGCCGAGGAUCGGACGGAGCAACAACGGCUUCUUCGCUCUCCGCUCGCUGUCGAACUAUAUAAGGAUUGUGUCCUCGGGCGCCUCGACGGUCGCAUCCACCGUCCGAUCGGCAGGGGCGUCCGUUGCGUCCUCCAUUCCGGACCGUGACGAUGCCGGACGCGAUCAGGUACUCGAGGUGCACUGGGCUGGAUUUGACAAAUUAGAAUGUGAAGGCAACGUCCUGCAGCAGGUUCUGUUGCUGGCCUAUAGGUCUGGUUUUCAGGUUUGGGAUGUUGAGCAAGAAGAUGAUGUAAAACAGCUGGUAUCCAGACAUGAUGGUCCUGUUUCAUUUCUGCAAAUGCAAAAGAAGCCAAUUUCAACAAAGGGAUCUGAAGAUAAAUUCACAGAUGUUCGUCCCUUGCUGGUUGUUGCUGGAGAUGGAUCAUUUUCUGGAAAUGGAAACAGUGCUGAUGGAUUUGCUUCUUCUUGCAAUGGUAGCACUGGUGGUUGCCAGGAGCUGGGAAAUGAGAAUCUAUUACCAACAUUUCUCCACUUUUAUUCAUUAAAGAUACAUGAUUUUGUGCAUGUCUUGAAGUUCAGGACUGCUAUUUACUCAGUAAGAUGCAGUCCUCGAGUUGUUGCUGUUUCACAAGCGUCCCAGAUACAUUGUUUUGAUGCUGCUACUCUGGAGAGAGAAUAUACCGUUCUUACUUACCCUAUAGUUUCUGGGUUUACGGGCUUUGGAGGUAUAGGCUAUGGACCUCUUGCUGUGGGUCCUAGGUGGUUGGCCUAUAGUGGAAGUCCAGUUGCAGUUUCAAAUACUGGCCGUGUCAACCCACAACAUUUGAGUUCUAUUAAAGGUAUGUCAACAUCUUCAAAUGGAAGUGUGGUGGCACACUAUGCAAAAGAAUCAAGUAAGCAACUUGCUGCUGGCAUAGUGACACUUGGAGAUAUGGGAUAUAAGAAGCUAUCCAAGUACUGCUUGGAACUUCUUCCUGAUAGCAAUGGUUCGAUAAGACACGGCAGCUCUGCCCCAAAAGUUAAUCGUACCAUUAAUGGGCAUUUGUCGGACAUGGAAAAUGCUGGAACGGUCAUUGUUCGAGAUAUUGUUUCUAAGUCAGUUGUGGUUCAGUUUAGAGCACAUAGAAGUCCUAUUUUUGCAUUAUGCUUUGAUCCUAGUGGGACAUUAUUAGUGACUGCUUCUAUUCAUGGUCAUAACAUUAAUGUUUUCCGCAUAAUGCCUUCUCCAUGUGGAAGUUCAUCUGGAUCUGGUGCAAAUGGGUCAUAUGUUCAUCUUUACAGGUUGCAACGUGGCAUCACAAAUGCGGUCAUACAGGACAUUAGUUUUAGUGAUGACAGCCAAUGGAUAAUGAUCAGUUCUUCAAGAGGAACUAGUCAUUUAUUUGCCAUAUCUCCUUUUGAAGGGGCUACGGACCUUGAGUUCAGUGAGGGUCAUUUUAAAAGUAUGAGUUGUGGAACUGAUUUAACAACUAAGGCAGCAGUUCAUUGGCCGCAUAGCUCAUCUUCAGUAAAGCAUAAUCAGCAGAGCCCUUUUGCAUCUGGUCCCCCUGUCACAUUAUCAGUUGCAAGCAGAAUAAAGAAUGGGAGUAAUGGAUGGAAAGGUGCUGUCACUGGUGCUGCUGCAGCUGCCACGGGCAGGGUCAGUCCCCUUUCUGGGGCUGUUGCUUCAGUUUUCCAUAACUGCAAGGGUUCUGGUCUUUAUUCUGAUAACAGCUCAUUAAGGACAAAAUAUUACUUGCUCGUUUUCUCUCCUUCAGGCUCUAUUAUACAGUAUGUGCUCCGUCAGUCCAGUGGACAGGAUUCUGGCAUUGAUAUAUCAGGGUUAAGCACUGUUUCUCAUGGAUUGUCACCAGAAACUGAUGCAAAGUUUGUUGUUGAGGCACUUCAGAAAUGGGAUCUUUGUCACAAGCAAAGCAGGAGAGAACGGGAUGACACUGUUGAUAUAUAUGGUGAUCAUGGAAAUGGAGAAAACACUAAACUUUUCCAGAAAGGCUCAAAGAAGGUAACUAGCAUCUAUCCUGCUGACAAUGCUACAGAUAUGAAAGAAAAACUCAGUGCAGUAGAAAAUCAUCACUUGUAUGUAUCUGAGGUUGAGUUGCAGAUGCACACAGACCAUGUUCCAUUAUGGGCGAAGUCUGAGAUACGCUUUCAAGUGAUGAUGGAUGAAAAUAUUAAAGCAGACAAUAGUAAUAUGUUGUCUGGGGAAAUUGAGAUAGAAAGGAUCCCAACCUGCACAAUUGAAUCUAGGUCAAAAGAUCUAAUCCCAGUUUUUGACUAUAUCCAAACAUCCAGAUUCCAGCAAUCAAGAAAUGGCCCACUGCCGUGCCAAAAAUGUGGACUGGCAGAAGAAGGAAGGCUCUCAUGCAGAAGCAGCUGUUGUUCGCUGGACUCUAUGCCUGAAAAUGCUGCAGUGACUGAGAUUCCCAAUGCCAUUGACAAGAAUGAUCGGCAUCAGUCCUCAGCAGAAGCUAAGGAGGGCUUUGUAAAUAACCAUAUGAAUAGUCCAAACAUGAAAACUCAACUCGAGUUUGUAAAUUAUAGUGAAGGCCUGAAGAUGGAGGCUCAGCUCGAGUCUGUAGAUAACAAAAAGAACCUGAAGAUGGAACCCCACUUUGAGGAUUAUGAUAAUGACAUUGACCAAGGUGUGUAGCAGCUAUUCUUUUAUUCUACCCUGAGAUAUUAACCUGUGUUUAUAACUUUAUAUACAUACAUAUAUGUGGCAAUGCAACGCAAAGAAAGAGGGGGUUCUACCGUGCAGCGGAAGCAUUUGACUUUGUGAAGUUGGGGAUUCCAUUUCCGCCAAACAUUUGUAAAUAACACAAUUUCUUGAUUACAUUUACAAUAAGCAUCUGUAAUGUGUAAAUAAUGACAAUUGAUGUUGUAUCUGUUUCAGUAUGUAUAAGAAGAUAUACUGAUGCAUGUUGUGAUU